CACAAAAUGCCCACCUACGUCGUCACCGGCUCCAACCGCGGCAUCGGCCUCGAAAUCGUUCGCCAGCUCACCCAGUCCCCAGAGAACACCGUUCUCGCUCUCGUCCGCAACCUCUCCAAGGACCACUCCUCCCUGAAAUCCCUCGCCAGCGAGAAAACCCACAUCCUCGAAUGCGACACCUCGUCGCUCUCCUCCAUCCGCGAUUUCGCCAAGACCGCCCGCUCCACUCUCGGAGACACCAAGAUCGACUACGUCAUCAACAAUGCCGGCGUCAACCUCUCCGAGCAGAACUCGUCGUUGCAGCUGGCCCCCGAUGACUUGCUGGACACCAUCAAGACCAACGUCCUCGGUCCCGCAAAGCUGCUCGAGUUCCUCCUCCAGCAGGGCCUGUUGAGCGAGAACGUCAGGGUGCAGAACAUGAGCUCUACGCUGGGCAGUGUGCAAAUGUCGCUGAGCGGCUUGGGACGGGCCACGGGGUACUCGAUCAGCAAGGCCGCGUUGAACAUGUUGAAUGCCCAUCUGGCGACCGACCUCAGAAAGGCGGGCUUGAAGGGUGCCGUGGUGAUCGUGAUGUGUCCGGGGUGGGUCAAGACGGACAUGGGUGGUGACGGAGCGAUGCUGAGCCCGGAGGAGAGCGUGGCCGGGCAGUUGAAGGUUCUGCAGGGGUUGAAGGACGAGGACAACGGCAAGUUCUUUAACUAUAGGGGGGAGAAUGUGCCUUGGUAAAUGUUUUGGGGGAAGCCUCCUGGGACAAAAGACAUGAUAGCGUUUGACAUGAUAGCCAGAAGGAUAUCUUAAUGGACAUAAAACCUUUCUAUGACCCUUGGAAUACAAUCCAUGAUAUG